AUGAUCGCGCGCGUGCUCCAGGCCGCGAGCCACUACGAGAUCCUCGGCGUCGACGCGAAGGCUUCGGCGAAGGACAUCAAGGUCGCCUACCGCGACCUGGCCUGCCUCGUGCACCCGGACAAGUGCAGCGAGGAGGGCGCGGCGGAGGCCUUCAAGAAGGUCAACGAGGCGCACGAGACGCUCUCCGACGACGCGCGGCGCGCGGUCUACGAC